AUGGAGCGCCGCCGCCGCCCAGCCCGCCUCGAGCCCGCGUCCGACCCCAUGACGAAGGUGGUGCGGCGUCGUGACAAGCCGCGGGAACGCUGGCUCCUUACACGCAAGACAUGGAAAUAUAUGUCAGAUGCGGGCCGCCGCCUCAUCCCCGAUGGAGCGCAAAACCGCGCCGAGGAUGUUCCACGGCUCGAGGCUUACUUCCAGGAGGUGUGUGCCAAGGAGCCACGCUUCCUUCUUUGGCGCAAAAGUUCAUAUCCAGGAGCUUUACCUCGUCCUCGUCGUAAGAAACGUGCGCGCGGUGGUUCAGUGCGAGCACGUUCCCCCGCAGAAGAAGCACCCACAGCCCCAACACGCCCCACCGAUUUGUUUAUAAGCCACACCUCCGGUGGUCGCUUUGACAUCGCGAAACUUCGGCGCGACUUUUUUGCCACACCGUUACCUACGGCACCGUCCCCAAAACUAAACUCGUUUGCUGGCCGCUCAUCGGCACAAUUGCAGCCGCCUGAUUCUGUUGACUCGACUUGUCGAGCCCUUCCUGAAGAAGAUGAAAGCUGUUUGGUUGAUUUAUUGCGCAAGUACCUGAAAGUUGAAGAUGACUCCGGCCCUACUAGACUUUCGGAUUCGGAAGAGUUGGUUCGAUCGCUAAGAAAAUAUUUGAAUCAACAAUCGGAGCGGCUACCGACUGAUUCUGAUACAAAUCCUACUCGUGAUAGGACUCUUUUAGAGAACCUUAGCGGGUAUUACAUAAGAUCUCCAAAUAGGGACAACAUAGUGCAGGAUCUGUUGACAGAUAGGAGUUUAAUGAAAAGACUGUACCAUGACCUACGUAAGGCAAAGCCAUACAGAGGUGGUAGAAGUGGUGGUGGUGGUGGCGGUAGUGGCCCUAGCGGUUUUGGACCUAGUGGCUACCUUAGUGCCGUUAAUACUAAUAAUUCUAGGAGUGUACCGCGGGGCCGAACUGUUACUCGUUUUAAUGAUAGUGAGGACUCUAUGCGAUCACCGCCGAUGUCCCCACCCCCACUUAUUGAAGUUUUUAACGAAUCAUUGGAGGACAAAAUGGUAGAUUGCGGAACGCAAACACACACAAUUCCUGAGGAAAUGUUAGCGGAGUUAGAGCGUGCGUAUCGUGAAAAGUUGGAAGCGCAGACAGUGCCAACCAGCCCAACUGGACCUCCACCUGAUAAAUUAAAACCAGCGAGGAGACGAUCGAGCGUGGACCACGAUGACGUAUCGCAGUCCGUCAGUGACACUAUCAAGCGUUACCUGAGAAUGGCGCGUAAAAAGAGCGUCGACGCUGAUAAGGCGGACCGUUUCAAACGCAUAAAUUACGAUAAGAAUUUGCGAAACAUAAAGCCUCGGAUGCCGAGCGAUGUUGACGAUGACGGGCCCCACAAGGGUUGUCAAACAGAAGAGGGAUGGAUUUUGACGUACCGGGACUUACAAUUUGCGUCUGUCGCGUCUACGCCGACCUCGCCCCCGUCGCCAGUGUCUCCUUCCGCGUCACAUUCGUUUCUCUCGACGCUGCUUGGUCGAAAUGCACCUGCAGUUGCUCCUCCUGCAGGUGGCAUGCAGAAGUCGCGGUCUUCCAGCAGUGUGGUGCAGAGUGUGAGCAAGCGGCUCUGGCGCACGCGGAGCCGCAGCUCGUCGCGAGUCUCCGCCACAUGGACACCUCAGGGCAGCUGUUGCUGGGCAGACGGCGCCGGGCGCUGCGUCCGACUGACAGACACCUCGCUCCUCACGCUCAGCGAGGUGGAGCGGAGAGCGCUUCAGCAGGCCGCCCUCGCUAGGCUCCAGCAGAUCAACCUCGGCACUGCCAUCAAGAUACCAGAAGAAAAUGCUGUGGCAGCGACGAAGCCGAAACGUCGCGCUUACCUAUUGAAGAGGAAAGCGCUCACCACGGGCUUCUUCGACCAGAGUCGUGCGAAGGAUGACAAGGAUAAGGAAUCCACGCCUAGUGGCAGCGUAUUCGGUAUCCCCCUCGCGCAGUGCGUUGAGAGCGAAAGAGCCCUCCGCCGACAGCAGCACGGGGGCUCCAGAGCAUCGCUGGCGUCACUCGGCGCCCUUGAAAAGGGGGAUGAUAGUGAAUCUUGCGAUUCUGGAGAAUGGGGAUGGGCGGGGCUCGAGGAGGCUGGCGGUGGAGGCCCUAAGGUGCCUGGUAUUGUGUCAGCCUGCCUCGCGCACCUGCGGAGGCACGGCAUGCAUACGCUCGGCCUCUUCAGGGUGUCGUCUUCCAAAAAGAGAGUCAGACAGUUGCGCGAAGACUGGGAACGAAGUCAUGAUGCAGCGUUAGACGCAGCCGUGUCUCCACAUGAUGUGGCCACACUACUCAAAGAGUUCUUGAGGGAUUUGCCCGAUCCCCUCCUCUGUAGAGACCUGUACCCAGCAUUUUUGCAAACACAAAAAAUCCACAACCGUCGCUUCCAGUGGGAAGCUUUGCGUCUGAUCGUGCAGCUACUGCCGGCGGCGCACCGCGACACGCUGAACGCGCUCCUCUCGUUUCUCGCGCAGCUCGCCGCGCACUCCGAAGACGACGACGAGCUCGGCAACAAGAUGAACGCCGCUAACAUCGCCACCAUCUUCGCACCCAACAUACUCCACAGGAGUAAACCCAAUGAGACAGCGAGUGUAGAACAAUUAUCAGAGCGAGCAGACGUGAUCAACGUAGUCCGGCAGCUUGUGGAACGUCAGGGCGAACUGUGGACGUUACCUGCAGAACUUCUCCACGAAGCCUACAUACACCUGGCACACACGGCGCCUGCGCACCUCGACUCUUUAUUAUUGAGGAGAGCCGAGUGUGCUGCGGAAUCGAACCCGGAGAACACGGAUAGCACACUGAGACAGGUGUGGUCAAGGGAACAGUUCCUUCACGGAGCUGCGGCGACCGGCGGGCCAGGCAAUGUGCCCACGCCGAGACGCAGCGAGAAAAGCUACUCGCGCAGUAGAAGAACGAGAGAGACUGCUUCUGACACUUCCUCGGGAUCUCUCUCCUCAGCCAUGACUAUAGUUACCAGGGUACGGCCGGGCAGCAGCGAGGAGAUGGGCAGCAGCGGUGUGGUGUGUGGCGGCAGCUCCCCCGCCGCAAGAGACUCCGCGCCUGACUCCAAUGACUCCGCCAGUGACUACAAUGAGACACUAGGCGGAUCAGACGAUGACAGCUGCGUUAUCACCGCAUCGCUCCACAUCCCAGCAGCCUUCAGUCCCAACAGCCGUCAACCACGACCGUCACCAAGACGGCGGUCCACCUCUGGCUCCGAGUCCUCUGCUAAACGGGACUCCGCAGUCGGAUCUUCAUCUACAUCGGCAUCCUGCGCCUCGUCUCCGCCCGCAAGCCCCCCUCCUCAGGCCCCUACGCCCCUAAGGGUUACACUGACGUCAGCGGCGGAGUUAAGGCGCCCUUCCCCUGAUAUUGACAGACUCAUUGCGCUCAGCAGAGAGCGCAACACGUCGGACGCCCGCGCGGUGGUGCUGCGCUCGCACGACGACGCGGCGGCGCCGGCGCGCUCGAGGGGGGCGCGCGCCGCCCACAGCGCGACACUCGCCGCGUCCAGCUCCAGCCACACCGUGUCCAGCGCCAGCAGCUCCACCAACGUGACGGUGAGCAGCGUCAGCACCAGCGCCGGCGGAACGCUCUACAAGAGAGGAGAACUCAUUUCUAGCGCACGUCCCACGUGA